CUUGGGCGAUAUGGCUAAUAAUAAAUAAUAUAAUAUAAAUCUAAUAUAACCAAACUAGAUUAACAUUUUAUUGUAUUAUAUUAAAAUUGUAUUAUUGUUAAAAUUUGUUAAAUUGGCUUUCCCCCGAGACCUUAUCCUGAGCGGAGCGGAGCAGGACUUUUGAGUCUGCCCUCAGGCUUCCGUUUAUUUUUAUGGGUAAUGUAGUUCUUGGAGGUUAUUGGCCCAAAAUGCGACGCGCGGAAGUCUGAGCUUUACAUCAACAAGUGGUUAAGGAUUUCUUCGUGCAGUUUUCCUGCACAUCAACACUUUUGUUAACGCUGCUAACAGAGAUAAUAAUCGUGUGCUUAACGUUAUAUAUGUAGAUUUGCUGGCUUCUUUUUUUGUGUUGUGGUUAUGGAAGGACGGUGUGCUGUCGAGACUUUGGCAGAGUUUGGCUUUUCAGGAACAUCAUGCACACCGAAGGUCAAGUCUGGUUUUGGGAUAUAUGUCUUCCUUUGCAUGGGCAGCGACGAGGUCUAUGUAUUUAAUACUCAAGAGAGAAAACUCACGGCGGUCCUCCAGUUUCCUGGACUUGUGACUGACCUGGUUGAGAGUCCUGAUAAACAGCUUCUCUAUGUGUCCUGUAGAAGUGGAGUUUACUGUGUCAGCUUAUCAUUUCUGCUGUCCAGGGCUCAAAGCUCCCUAGCCAAUACAUCUUCCUGCCUGGCUGAGCUGAAAGUCUCCUCUGAGUUCCUGGUUGUUGGAGAAGAAGGAGUGUUAUCACUGCUCCUCAUUGACUCCGUGCUCCUGAUGCUUUCCCAGACAGACGUGUCCUGGGUGCUGAGUCUGUACAAAACACCAAAACAAACACAAUCCAGCAGCUAUGAGAUGCUCAGUUCAUUCACUCUACCACUGGUCUCAGCUUUUGUACAUGAAGAUGAGUUAAAGACAAGAAUGAGAAGGAGGCCUGUGCUGAUUUGUGUCUUCCAUGGUCAAACAGCAUCACCACCUUUCUCCUCUACUUCUUCAGCAGAGGCAGCGUCCCCUGUCAGCCACUUCCAUCUCAAGCCUGUCCUCUUCAAACGUCUGUUUGGAAUAGACACCGCCCUCAUUAAAUCACCGGUUAUCCUUUGUGGCUUGCCGGAUGGACGCCUGUGUUUCCUCCCUCUGCGUCUCCCAGGGUCACGGCUCAGAGUCCUACAUAGCCUUGAGCAGCCAGUUGUAUUUAUUGGAGCAUCUGUCGUCAUGAAAACAGGUCCAGAACAUGCACAGUGUUUGGUGGCAGUUGGUGAACUGGGCAGAGUUCUGCUAAUCAAAAUGGACAAGGGAGGGUCGGAGGGAGAGUGCAGCAGAGCUGGUUUUACUGAGGGGUGUGUACCAGGACCUGUGGUGUGUGGCUGUGUGGAUAAGCGCCAUCUUUACUACAGUACUGGUUCAGACCUGUUGGCACUGGAUCUUUCAAAGGGAUCAUCUGGGAUAGAGGGCCAAGAAUGUGGUGAGGAGACAUCCGCUGCCCUCCAAAGCCCCACCAGCUUAAAUGUGUGUAGGGUCAUCAGUUUGGCCCAACCUACAUGCAGCCCUGCAGGUGAAGUUCAGCUGCUGGGGCUGUCUAUCAGAGGGCAGCUCCAGAGGAUUACCUUGCCUGUUUGGAGAAAGGAUGCUAGAAUGUCCAAACUGCCUCAGGGGCGGUGUAGUGCCAGAGACCUCCUGUCUGCUAUCGGGGAUGUUUAUGAGAGAGCAUCAGUGCUGAAAACUUCAAUUAAGUCCAAAAACCAAACUCUGAGGCACCUGAAUCAAGUGCUGAACAUUAGCUUCCUGUUGCUAGCCAGUACUAGGGAAGAGCAUUUUCCCAUCCAGGAGAAGCCAAUCAGAUGUCAUGCCAUGACAAAAUGGAGCAGACUGCUUCAGAAAGACUCCUUAAACCUGACAUGUGUCCUGGAUAACUCUAGUCCUUAUGUUCUGGAACGAGGCUGGACACUGACCAUUGCUGCAUUUCCUCUGUCCUGUUCUCCCAGCGCAGGAGGGGAAAGCUCCUCCACAAAUUUUUCUUUCCAGUUCUGCAACCUCCAUCCUGGAGAAACGUUAGAAGUAUCACUGCCCCUAGCAGCUGCAGGUGACACAUAUUUCCCUGUGACGAUUAACUGCUCACUCACCUUCUCUGUCACAAGUCUCCUGGGAGAGGAGGAGGUGGCUAGUUUUACUGGCCUGCAGAGUGGUUGCAUCAGUUUGCCCUUGAACACACUGACAGUGGACUGGUUGCAUGUCCUGCAGGUGAAGAGCUCCACAGCCUCACAUAAAAACACCACGUCUCAACCAAACAACAUCACCACCGCAGACACCAUCCAAGCUUUUGUAAGAUCACAUCGGAUUUGGUGCAGUGGGAGAGGGGACGGAGGAGGAGGUGGGGCGAGUGCCUUAAAGCAAGAACAGUAUUCAGCAUGUGUACGGGUGUCAUCAGAGCUACUGAGGGAUACACUGGUGUUGAAAAGCUCCGAUUUGGACCCACAGGAGCCAAUGUUGGCUCCUCAUAAUCUCUGCAUUUCUCUGCUGGACUGGAUGUUGUCUGACAGUCUGGGGGGAGUGAAGAUGGGACACCGAGGAGACGAGAUUGCCCUCAGCAGCCCAGUGGUGCACGCUCAAGGUCCAAAUGGAGACACUGUCAAACUGACUGCAAAAGAGGUAAAUAUCGGGGAGGAGAGCAUGGCGAAGGAGUCCCUGAGCGCAAUAGAGGUUCGGGUUGAGAGCUCGUCUGUAGCAGCAGUGUGUGGACUGCACCAUGCUGUGCUGCACAGAGUACAGACUCUGUUGCAGAGAGCUCCAAAAAGGCCUGCUUCUACAAAGACAGUCCAGAGUCUAGGUUUAAGACAGGCACUGCAGCGGGCUGAGUGCCUGCUACAGCAGAUCCAACAAAGUCGAAUCUCAGCAGCUUUUGGCGUGGGCGAGUCCACAAGGCAGAUGACCCAUUCUUUUCUUAGUGUUUACCGUGAACUCAGAGAGAAUCCUCUGCUUAUAAUUUAACUUUUUCUUCAGCCGCUCUUAUUUUUGUUCAAUGUUAUGUAACCUGCUUUCUCAGCUGACUGGAAAAUUAUGUCCGUAUGAAUCUCUACUGUAAAUAUACUUUUGUAUCACUGUAAAUGUAUUGUAUUUUACACAAAUGGGAAAACUUCCAGCCGGGUGAAGGCCCUCCAGGUUCACAGUCUCCUGAUGUGCCAGACAUGUAGGUGUAGCAGUGACACUGCUUCAGAUGUCUGUACAGUAGUUGUUAUGGAACAGUCAGUACCAAUUUUAAAAGCACCAGCAGUUUUUAAAAGCAGCACCCCCAUUUAUAAUUUGGGGUGUAUUUUUUAGAAUCAGGGUCUGCAUUUACUUUUCUAAUUGUGCUACAGUUUCAAUACCACCCCCUCAGGGUUAGCUACCAUACCACUUGGAUUCGUCACCUGUUUGUAUAUCUUUACUCUUAUUAAGUGAUUGAAUGGUGUGACCCUAAUCUUUACUCAAGCACUAUGAUAAAACUUCACUGCUCCAGGUGAGGUUCAAACUCACAACCUCAGCAUCACUCUGCCUGUUACUGUCUUAUAAGUACUGUGCGCUGACCGAUUGCGCCACCGGCGCCUGAUGUAAGGUAUGGCCUGGGCCAGUUAGAUCUGUUCGCAGAUUGAGUGUGGGUGAUGCUAUACUGACUGCCUCAGCUGCAGUUUUGAUGGGUCUUGCUAAACUAGAACUAGCAGGGAUUUAAAAUUCAACUGGAUGUAUGGUGAGGUUCCCUGCAGGUGUUUCGCUGGAGUUCAGCAUCAUAAUGGCCAGUGUUAUUGUCUGACAAGAGAUUCGCUCAAAUAUUUAGGCUAAAAAAUAAAAAGUUGAAAAUAUUUUUAGAAACUCCAAGAAUUGUGACAGGUACUGUUGGACAAAUAAUUUACUCUAAAUCUUUUAACUGUUUGUCCUUGGCGGAUCUCAGGCUAAAGCAUUUAGCUUUUCACGCUAUUGUCUGUGUUGCAUUUCAUUAUUUGGGCUACCUGCCCAUGGACUGCAACACCAAGGCUUCAGAAAAAAAUGCUAAACCUAGAAACAAUAUCUCUCCAUCUUUGGGCUGGAUUAUUGGCUUCCAAGAGUAUUCAGAUCAAGAUAAUAUAUUUAGUUACUUUUAAAGCCCUCUCUGCUCUGGCCUAGUUAUAAUUUAUGAUAUUUUAAAACAUCUUCACCUCAGCCCUUCAGGUCUGGCUUCUGUUUACUAUAAGCUACUGUUGGUUUAAGUUAAACCUUUAAAUUGACCUGUAGUGACAUUAAAUGAAAAGAACCACCCCACAGUGAACCUGGAACAUGUUGCAGGUGAUAACCCCAGUGCCAUCUGUGAAUGAGAAGCUCCGAUGCCACAAGGUCACAAAUACAUCACAUUCCUGUGUAACCUGUUGGACCCUAGACCCUUCUUGUCUCUUAAUCACUCUCAAAAAAGUGGAAAAGUCCUGCAUUAAUAAUGUUAAAUGAAAGUAUUAACAAAAAUGUAUUAAAAGUAUUAGUAGGCUACUCAACACAGAAAAAUGUUAUACUAUACAGUGUAUUAUAUUAUUACACUAACAGCCUAUCAGUCAUACACCGAUGUACAACCAGGACCUGACUGUUGUAGUUGGUUGAGGUGGAGCUCUGCUGAACUAGUUUGUAUCCAAGUGCCACUAUUGAUUGUUUUCAUUAGGGAUUAACGUGUUGAUCGCUUUCUCCAGUUCUAAUCGACUGACUGGUUUGUAAACCUUCUGACAGUAGUGAGACAUGCCAUCACAGCGCUCUAAACGAUGAUCAAAAUAGUUGUUAUAGUUUUAAUGUAGGUGCGUGAGAGUGCUGUCAGACCUGUCUGUACCUUCACUCUCACACGUGCGCAUACGCACAUAUAGCCAUUAAUAUGAGCCUGGAAAGUUUGUGUUUCUAGGCUGAGAUGUUCAGUUUCUUUUCUUUUAUCACUGCUUAGUCAGAGAAUGCAAAACAUCCUUGACAUAGUUUAGGUGCUCACUAGUCUUAACUGGGGUUUAAAAAGAACUGCACAGAUGAAUAUUACAUGAACAUGCAUCAUCAAACGAAAGCCUUCCUUGUGGCUUCUCUCCAUUCAGCUGCACUUGAAUGGAGGCGAUGGAAGAUACUGUACCUCGGAAUAGAUUUUUAGAAAAAAGACAUGUCCCUACAAAGGAGGAGGAACUUGUAAUUGUUUUGACAGAGUGCUUCAAUUUAACAAACAAGAGUGGAUGUAAUAGCAAUAAAGGAAGACUGGUUGGAUGUUCUAAUAAAUGGCAUACUUAGCAGUAUCUUUCAUUUCUGGGCCGCUUUUAAUGUAUAAAUAAGUAUAAAAGAGUUUCAAACAUUUUGCAUUUCGCUUCAUUACAGAAAAAUUAUCUUCCAUUUUCAUUUCCAUUCUCUGUAUGUUUGUCUCAAUUGAUUUUCUAUGAUAAUACCCUAAAGUUUCUUCUUUAACCUGCUGUAUUAACAUAUUUAUGCUAAGGUCAGACUGUGGUCUUGAACUUAAAGAGGCUGUGUAUGCGUGCAUGUUCACAUGUGUAAUCAGGGCCUCUCAUCCUGUUCAGACAGCCAGCCAUCAAUACAGUAUAUUAAUUUUCUCCAAAAUGACUUAAUGUGUAGAGCUCUGCCUGUAAACCACUGAUCUCCUUACUCACGUGUGAGUACUCACAGGAAGUGAGUACUACAGAGAAGGUUUCUUAUUAAAAAAAAUACCCCAAAUUGCCUAUCAAAGCAAAGCUAAAAUCUGGCAUGAAGGGAUGAUGUAUCUAAUAUUUGAAUGCAUCUUUUAAUUCAGCUCCACUGUAACAAGGUCCAGAUGUUCUAGAGAACAUAACAUAAACCUGUUUGCAGAGAGCGAAAAAACAUGACACAGGUAUAGGCUAGCGCAACAACUUAAGUACUGAUAUUUCUGACCUCAAUAUUGAGACAGUGGUGAACCCUGAACAUUGGCACACUGGAGCCUAACAGUGAUCACAGUGUAUUUAGUGAAACCAUAGCAUCUCAAUGUUGAGAGGUUUAUUCUCAACACAUGAAAACAUAAGGGGUUCUCCAGUUCAUGCUUGGUUUGCAGCGACUUUUAGACUAAUGGUAUAUCAAAUAAAAUGUGGUCAGUCUUUAUAAGCAGGAAUCUACAUUUUAUUUUAAAUGACAUGUAAUGAGAGACGUAAGAUAACAGGUGCUAAAUGCAUCACAUAUUCCUGGUUUAAAAACAUUCCUCUGUAAUAGUGUAGAUGCAGGUGGAUUUCAGUUUUAACUGUACAGCUUUCCCUGGGAAUAUUAAUUCUCAGUUACAUUAAAAAUCCAGCAUGCCAGCACCACCUCCACCUGCCAGCUCACAGCAGACCUACAUCACUUGAGGCAUCCCAUAAUGCUGUCUGUAGUUUCUUCCCCUAAAACAGAUGUGAGUCCAACUGUUUGGCUCCUAAUCUCACAGUUCGCUGUCAGACUAGGAGACACACACACAGCAAGCCUUUCAUCUUUAAUGGAAACUGCUGACUGGGACACAAAGAUGUUUUGAUAUAAAAUCUGUCUUACAAAUUGUCCCCCAAUACGGUCUCCCAGCUUUGUUAGUGACAGAAGUGUGAAAUGCAGGACUUCUAGGCUUAAGAACUCUUUCUUUCAGCCAACCACGUGCAUGUGAUCUCAUUUCAAAUGUUUAAUUGAUGAGCUAAAUAUCACUCUGCUCUGUCGGAAAUCGGACCCAGACUAUAGCUUUCACGAUGCACCACAAGUUCCGAUCACAUGACUUCGUGGUCGUUUCACUUAUUUGAGUAACGUUAGCUACUACACCGUGAACCAUCAUCGACUCCCACCACUGUGCUUGUUACAGCGUUUACAUCAACUACUGUUUUCAUUUGCUCCGAGUAUCGUGGUUUAGUAAUUUUAUAGAAUCUUUAGUACUGAAUGCAACACUGUCAAACCAAGUCCCUGUCGACUCAGUCUCUGUUUCGAUGGCUUGACUCAGCUCUCCCAAAGAGCCCUGGCAACCAAACCGAAACAAUCCAGGGAUUCGUAUGACGUCAAGACGCACUCAACUACUUCGAACGCCCCUAUUCACGUGCCCAAGCCACGCCUCCACACCGUGGUUCCCAUGAGCGAGACAUCAAAGCCAUAUGACGUCAUGUCAUCACACAUAAGCGAUGAGGUUAAGUUAGAGGCAUUUCAGAACUUAUUUUCCAACUAGAAAGACACGUUUUUAUUUUGAUCCAGUAGUUUCCAUAUCGAAUCAUUACAAAAAUGGAAAAUCGUCCACCCGGUGACAAAUCCAAGAAAUACCUUGAAUGGCAAGUCAGCCAUUUCAAGAACUUACUUAAAGAAGAAACUGAAAACUGGUCGAAAUACAUAGAUAGGCUCACGACGGAAAAUCACACUCUCAAACAAACGUUAGAAGCUACCAAAAAAGAAGCAGACACAUUGAAACAGGAGUUAGACAAGUGCCAGGCCUGUAAUGAAAAGCUUAAGUCGGAAUUAGACAACAGUGUGGCCGAUCUACGGGAAACUCGUGCAUACUACACAAACCUGGAGGAAGAAUUGGUAGAAGAGAUCAAAAAUAUCAGGCAAGAAAAAGACACACAGCUGAGACUUCAAGAAGAAGCCCACAUACGUGAGCUGGACCAACUUAAUGAGCAAAACAAAUAGGAGAUGGAAAGGCUACAAAAGGAAUUUAAUAACGAAAGCGAGAAAAUGAGGAAUAAGGAAAAAGAAAGAAUGCAACGGCUCAUUAAAGCGGAAGGGGAGCUCAAAGAUCAAGUUCAGAUAAAUAAAGAGCUAAAAAAAGAGGCUGAUCUGGCUAAAAUGGUGCCUAAACUAGAAGCUAAUGUGAAGACAAAUGAAAGAGUAAUAGAAACCCAAAUAAUGGAAUUAGUCAGUUUACGAAAACAAAAUGAAAUUACUCAACACAAUCUAGAUUUAGUGAAACACAGUAAUGAGAAACUACAGGCAUCAUUUAACAAUUUGAACAAACAAAUUCAAUGUCAAGAAGAUGAGAUAAACGAUCAAUCAGUUAAGUUAUUGAGAUCUACUUUUGACCACGAAGAGGUCGAUGAAUUAUGUUGUAAGCUGCUUGAGACUGUCAAAACACUCAAAAAAAGAAUUCACAAUGAUGAAUCAGAAAUUAAAAAGCUGGAGGCUACAAUCAGUUCUCUAAAGACACAGGAGCUGCGCUUUAAGGAGGAUCUGCAGAUAUGUGCGUCUUAUGUCAGUGAUCACCGUGAGCUUACCAAAAAAUUGAUCAGCCUAAAAGAAAAAUACAUACGUGGUAAUGAGAAGGUCGAGCUGGAUAAAGAAUCUUGGACGGGAUUGCAUAAUAUGCAGAAGUGGCUGAUCAAACGAAAUGAAAUUUUUGACAGGCUUGAAGAGAAUAACAAGAAUCAAGUCAAACAUAUGCAAAAGCAGAUGGAGUAUUUACGCCAGCCUGAAGCGGCAGCAAUCAGAAGGGCGAAUGAAGAAUUCCUCAAAAGAUAUACUCUGCAAAAAGAGCUCCAACCGACUAAACUGAAACUUCAACAGACUGAAUUUCAACUUAAACAUGCUGAAGAGCAACUUCAACAGACUAAACUGCAACUUCAACGGGCAGCUUAUCG